ACAUGAAGCCAAAUUGUUUCCACCUCCAUUUUGGCCAUUGAGAGACAUUGUAUAUGGUUAAAUUAACAACACCGACUCCCACACUCCGUACCGAUAACGACGUCGUUUUCUGAUCAAGCUGCUUUGUGUACAAGUAAUACACAACGUUGCUUACCCUAUCCCUUUUCCGAUUGAACUAUACACGAAUCACCACGGCCGCCGGCGAUCUGAAUCUCCUAAAAGUUCCGAUUUCACAAUGUCAUGGUGGGCUCGAUCUAUCGCAAACACCCUACAAUUUAACGCCGAUGACGAUGAGGACUCCGAACAACACCGUAUGAACAAUAACAACAACAACAACAACACAGAGAAAGAUCUAUCGACAGAUCAACAAAGCGAAGACGAUGAUUCUCCUUUAACUCCAGGACGAGGAGUCAAAGAAGACUUAUCAGAGAUCACAAAAACCCUAACUCGUCAAUUAUGGGGCGUCGCCUCUUUUCUUGCUCCUCCUCCGCCUCCUGCUGAAUACUCUAAUGAACAAUCAGAUCCAUCUGAUCCUGAAGAUGCUUCCCCGGAGGGGAUUUCCGGAAUACGCAGAGACUUUGCCGAGAUCGGAGGGAGGUUUCGCAGUGGAAUUUCUAAGCUUUCUACUAAUAUAGAUGUAUCGGAGAUCACAAAAAUGGCUACGAAUUUUCUUCAGCUGUCACCGGACGGUGACGAUUACCAGUUGUCUAGGGAUGCUAAUGCAAUUGGUGUUACGGAUGAAGUUGUGGCUUUUGUUAGGGAUAUCACGAUGCAUCCGGAGACUUGGUUGGAUUUUCCUCUACCUGAAGAUGAAGACGACGAUGAAGAUUUUGAGCUGUCUGAUGCACAACAAGAACACGCAUUGACUGUAGAAAGCUUAGCACCAAGAUUAGCUGCUCUUAGGAUCGAACUCUGUCCAGGGUAUAUGAGUGAAAACUCCUUCUGGAAGAUAUAUUUUGUACUUUUGCAUCCAAGACUCGAAUCUCAAGCUGCUGAACUUCUUUCAACACCCGAGAUUGUGAAAGCCAGAGCUUCAUUGACACGUGAAAUGAAGGAUCGAUCUAAGUUACAAACAAAUGAGGAAGAAGCGUCAGGAAACAAGUUCCCUUUCUCUGAGCAAAAACCAAAACCAGAGGAUGUUUCUUUGCCAUCUGGUCCACAACCGGAAUCGGAAUCAGAAUCGGAGUCGGAAUUGACUGAAAAACAUCCGAUUCCGAUUCCGACCGAAGAGGUUCAAGUUAUAGACAAGUCUGUAAUCCAAGAGGAACCACGAAAUGACACAAAACCCGAAGCUCACAAUGUCGUUGAAUCUAACGAUGAAGAUGAUUGGUUGAAGGAAGAAACAUCGGAAAACGUGAUUCCGAUUCCGAUUGAGAACGAUGAAGACGUGUCGUUUAGUGAUCUUGAGGAGGAAGAUGGUCCGGAAUCGUCGAUGAAAGAGUCGCGGGAAUGGGUUCAGCUCGGGGAGAGUUCUGGUAAGCAGGGGAAUAAGGGUAAGGUGGAGAUGAAGGAAUCUAAUGAUUGGCUUGAUGUUGAUGACAUUGAUGUUGCAUGAUUAUGUUUUUAUAGUAUUUUUUUUUUUAUUUUUCAAUUGAUUGUUAAUGAAGUACUUGUGUAUAAUAUUUUCUUUGUUUAUGGUUUCUUGAAAUGUGAAUGUAUAUAAAUCUGGAAUGUGAAUGUGGUAAAACAAUAAGAUAAUUGAUGAUUAUGUUUUAUGUUUUUUA